AUGUACAAUCGUACUCGUUCACAUUUAAAUUUACAACAACGUGAUAUUUCUGAUUUAUUAUAUUACUCUCCUUCUCGAAAACGUAGUAGUUCUUAUUCCGUUUGUCAACCAUCAGGAAUUCAUUCAUUACUUCAACAAAAUUUAUCAGCAGCUAUGUUAACAUCUCAAUCAACGUUAGAAUUACUGGAAGAAAAAAAAAAUUCUGAUUCCAUAUCUCCAUCGGACACCAAGUUAAAAUUACAGUCAUUCAAAGAGCAAGAAAAAAUAGUUUUACAAUCUAUUAAAAAAUUGACUGAAGAAGAAAUGACACAUAUAGAUCAAUGGUUAUCUGCUUUACAUAAUGUAUAUGAAGAUUUGAAAUAUCCAACAUCACAUCGUGUGUUCCAAGCAACUACAUAUUUCAAUGAUGAACAACAAUUAUGGUAUGAACAGACGAAAGCUGAAAUUAAUAAUGAUUGUGUGCCAAGAGAAUAG